GGAAUGCUAAAACUGGGCUGAUGGACAUUUCCGAACUUUGCAUCCCUGAUCCUCUCAGCUAUCAUAACCAGCUGCUGAACAGGAUGGCUGCUGAGGAGCGGCACAUGACGUCCAGCUGUGGCUCCUACAUCAAGACAGAGCCCUCCAGUCCGUCCUCUCUGGUGGACACGGCCAGCCACCCUAGUCCCGGCGCGCAUUCGGACGCCAGCGGCGGCUACGCCAGCCUCAUCAACAGCCACUCCAACGGCCUGGACUCUCCGCCCAUGUUCACGGCGGGCGGGCCGCUGAGUGCGGCAGGGAGCGCCUGCCGCAAACGCUACGAGGACUGUUCCAGCACAUUACUGGAGGACCCCGGCUCCAUCAAGUGCGAAUACAUGCUCAACUCCAUCCCAAAACGCCUGUGCCUGGUGUGCGGAGACAUCGCGUCGGGGUAUCACUACGGCGUGGCCUCCUGUGAAGCCUGCAAGGCCUUCUUCAAGAGAACAAUACAAGGUAACAUCGAGUACAGCUGUCCGGCCACCAAUGAGUGCGAGAUCACGAAAAGAAGACGCAAGUCCUGUCAGGCAUGCCGCUUCAUGAAGUGCUUGAAAGUGGGCAUGCUGAAGGAAGGUGUUCGGCUAGAUCGCGUACGAGGAGGCCGACAGAAAUACAAGAGGAGAAUGGAUGCAGGAAACACAGCCUACCUGGGGCUCACACUGCCACCGCCAGCCAAAAAACCCUUGACGAAGAUCGUGUCCCAUCUGCUGGUAGCGGAGCCGGAGAAGAUCUACGCCAUGCCGGACCCCAGCAUGCCCGAGAGCGACGUCAAAGCGCUGACCACACUGUGUGACCUGGCUGACCGCGAGCUGGUGGUCAUCAUCGGCUGGGCCAAACACAUCCCAGGUUUCUCCAGCUUGUCUCUGGGAGACCAGAUGAGUCUACUGCAGAGCGCAUGGAUGGAGAUCCUGAUCCUGAGCAUCGUCUUCCGCUCGCUGCCCUACGAGGACGAGCUGGUGUAUGCGGAGGACUACGUGAUGGACGAGGAGCACUCGCGGCUCACGGGCCUGCUGGACCUCUACGUGUCCAUCCUACAGCUCGUGCGCAAGUACAAGAAACUCAAGGUGGAGAAGGAGGAGUUCGUCACGCUGAAGGCCAUCGCACUCGCCAACUCGGACUCCAUGCACAUAGAGGACGUGGAGUCGGUGCAGAAGCUCCAGGACGCCCUUCACGAAGCGCUGCAGGACUACGAGAGCUGUCAGCACACAGAAGACCCUCGGCGGGCGGGGAAGCUGCUCAUGACGCUGCCGCUGCUCCGGCAGACGGCCACCAAGGCCAUCCAGCACUUCUACAGCAUCAAGAUGCAGGGCAAGGUGCCCAUGCACAAACUCUUCCUGGAGAUGCUGGAGGCCAAGGUCUGAUUGGCCGCUCGUCGCGUGACAUCAUCGGGGCCAGAGACUGAGGAGGACGGCCUGAGACGUUUUUAAAGACCUGGAAAAAAAUAAUAGCUUGGUUUAAAGCAUAAAUAUAAAUGGAAAAAUAAUUUAAAAAUCUAUAACAAAUACUAUGUACUUGUACAGUGAUGCUUUUUGUUCUUGAUCUGUGCUUAUAUAUGAUGGAAGAAACUAAGUCAUUUCAAAGUGAGUAGUCAUUUUUUCGUUCCUCUAACUCUCUGUACGUGUCGCCAACAACCUCAGUGCGGCCCUCGGACGAUGCCAGGACACCUUGAGGACUUGUAAAUAUUCAUGGCAGGAUUUGGCCGAGGCUGGACGUGGAAGCUGCUGCCGGUUCUUCCCUAAAUGUGAACUUGCUGACGUCCUUGAAAAUACCUCUUCUUGAAUCCUGGGAGGACGGCGUUUGUGACACGUUCGUCCGGGAUCUCAGUCAUCUUACUCUAGUAACUCAGCAAUAAAUCGAGCCGAUGAGGAGCGCCCAUCUCUUGUGUUGCACUACUGCUUUUUUAAACUACUUGUUAUUGUUGUCGUCGGUGUUUCGGCCUAAAUGUAGUCAAUGGGUGGAGGGAUCGAAGGAUUUACGAUGCGUGGCAGACGUCCAGGAUGCUCCAUGUUCAAACGCUCAGAUGCCCGUAUGUCAAACGGCCUAUUUUGGGCUUGUUAAGCCACCGGCUGAGGAAACGAGGUGCCCGUCAUCAUCUGCUUGGACCCUGCCAGGACUUAUAUGUAUCUGAAUGAAGGUGGGCAGCAGGUGCGGGUCUUUAUCACCAGCUUUAUUUUUAGGUCUUGGACGUCGACAGCAGAUUGAACAGGAGAGGUGUUUGACCUCAUGUUGACACAAUAGCAUCACUUCGAACUCGCCGGCCCUAUAAACAGCUUAUUACCCUUAGAUCCACUUUACAGCAGACCGCCAUACGGCCAUUAGUCCCAGUUAUCCAUUAGGAAUAUCCCGAGAAGCAUUAGCUGUGAAAACAGCAGCGGAGUCACUGAGUGGACCGAGACAUCGGCGGACGCUACUGAUGUCAUUUACUUGACGUGAACUGUGGCGCUGUCUGGAUUCGAUUCUGAAGGACCUGAGGGUUUAUUGCGUCCUGGGGUGCGUUUCCCAAAAGCAGCUAUGCUCGUUACCGACAUAGUUUAGUGAUUCAGUAGCUAUGUUUCCAUCCAAAGUUACAAAUUAAACUGGAAUAUCGCUUAAAACAUUGGUGAAGAAAGCAUCCAGUGAGUUCAAGAGAACAAAAUCGUCACUUCUUGAUUAACUUGCACUAAAUAUCACCAAGAAAAAUUACAUUUGCUGCAGUAGAAGGCACUGUAUAUAAUAAUUUUUGUAUACAAUAAAUUACAAGCUUUAGAGCGUGCAGACGAAAUGUGUUAAUUAUAACGAAGCACUUUGACGAGACUUUGCGCAAGCAUUUUAGAAUGACAAAACUAGCAUUUCAGAUGCUGUGCAACGAGAUCGGUUCAUAGGUUGGUACAGUUAUGCUGUCCCAUCACAAAGUCACGUCUUUUUUGAUGCGCAUUAAGGAAUUUAUUCGGUAAAAGUGUUUCUAUCGUAGCUUAUGCGCAUGUUUUCUUACCGGAUAAGAAAUUUAUCCUACUUGGAUGAGUGCAUACAUUUUUUUUUUAUGUGCAUUUUUUAAAUUUAUGCGCGUCUUA